GGUUCAAGGUGCAGGUAAGACCCUUUUUUAUGAGCAGGUGUACGAACCGGAGGAUCAUAUAGGAAACAUAUUCUCUCAGUCCGCAAUUUGUUUAUUUGCAAUACAGAAAGGGACGGGCCUCAUGACCAAGCUUUUAAUGGAGAUUCUCACAGUCAUAAAGUUAUGGAGAGAAAGUGAACAGUGGCAGUGUGCAAAGCUUAUUUUGGGGAUGUUUUUUUGUUUUUGCUGCUGCAUGUGUUCUUGGUAUGUUGAGUCUCAAAGAUUGGAUUCAAAACUAAGCAUGAACAACUUAUGGAUGGUUCCACAGUUUGCCCUGUUAGGAAUUGCGAAAGAACUUGUGGAAGAUGGGAUGGAUCAUGUUUUCUUCGCCCAUGUAGAAAUAUCCAUGCAUCUAUGGGUUUUUUCAUUCAUUCGUUUUGUGGAGGGUUUGGGAGAUUUACUUGCUGCUGUGUUUAUUUUAGUUUUUGGAGAAUGGAUACGUGACGACGUUAAUGAAAGACGUCUCAACAAAUACUAUUUCUUGUUGGCUAUGCUGACUAUACUGGCCACACUUUUCUUCAUGUGUCUAUGGAAAUUCUAUGCUCCAAAAAUAAAGCCAAAGAAGGUUGAGAAGGAGGGUCCAAAGAAGGAUGACAAGGAGGCUACAGAGCUUAGGCAGUUGGAAGAGGGCAAGAACUUCAGUAGAUCUCACUCUCCACACCCAACAGAGUCCCCAGCUGAAUCAACCUCUAAAUCCUCCUCUAAUAGCGACUCGUCAGUUGUGGAAAGAUCCUCGUCCUAUCCUGAUCAGCCCAGCAAUCCAGCUGCAAAAGUCCGUAAUGAGCGCUGCCACACUUAUCCAAAAACCAAAUAUCAAGGCCUAACUCAGCAGUCCUCUGCUUCGAGCAAUCUACGCCGUCGUCUAGCUACAAAAUCAUUCCAUGAACGCUCAGAUGGUUGUUCAGAAAUGAACUAAUUCAGUGUGUACGCAUAUUUUAUGAUCAUAUCUUUCGUCCACCCUACUAGGAUAGCAAUAUGAACUGAUAAGUUUUUUUUUUUUUUUUUAAAUAUCUUAAUUGUAAUUUUAAUUGUUUUCUUUUUCCUUUUGACAGUUGAUGUAUCCCAGGCCUGCACCAAAAGUCUAAGGAUCCGUUUGGAUAACAAAAAAUCACUUAAUUU